AAGGAGUUUGUGCGUGAUAAUGUAUGAAGAACCCCCAUUAUCCCCUACUUUUGCAAAUUUACUAACAUGUGGAUGUUAUUAGAGAUGAACAUAUUUUACCAAUCAUUUUGGAUCAUACAUGUUCGAAGCGGAAGAACACCCCACAAUUAUCUUUUCUUUUCAUUUUCUUACAACUUUUUCCCCUAAUUCUCUUUCCCAUUUAAAUAUUUCAGCUCCUUACGGAACUUGCCAUUUAGUUCUUGCUAUAGUGCUAUUGACAAAUUAACUGAACUUCUUUAGCUGUGUUUUUGUACUAAUUUUCUUCAUUCAGUUCAAUUAGCUAUCUGCGUUUCCUUAGGCAGAUGGCACAAGAAACAUCACAUCCUGAUGUAGAGGUUGUUCUUGCUGAAGAAGUGGGCAGUGCUAGAUUGAUCACCUUAAACCGUCCCAAGCAAUUGAAUGUCAUUUCGUCUACUGUGGUAAAACUUUUGGCUGAAAACUUGGAAAAAUGGGAGAAGGAUGACAACGCAGCCCUCGUCAUCUUCAAGGGAGCUGGCCGUGCUUAUUCUGCUGGCGGGGACUUGAAAAUGUUUUAUGAUGGCAGGAGAUCGAAGGACUCCUGCCUUGAAGUUGUUUACAGGAUGUAUUGGCUCUGUUACCAUAUCCACACUUAUAAAAAGCCUCAGGUUGCUCUAGUUCAUGGCAUUUCAAUGGGUGGAGGUGCAUCCUUGAUGGUCCCAAUGACAUUCUCUGUUGUAACUGAGAAGACUGUUUUUGCUACUCCAGAAGCAAGCAUUGGGUUUCAUACUGACUGUGGCUUCUCAUAUAUCCAUUCACGCCUUCCAGGCCAACUCGGGGAGUACCUUGCACUAACUGGGGCAAGGCUUAAUGGUAAAGAGCUGGUUGCACUUGGAUUGGCAACACACUUUGUCCCUUCUGAUAAAUUGCCUGAGCUGGAGAAGUGUUUGUUAAGUUUGGAAGCAGGCAAUGAGAAUGCUAUCAGGUCCGCCAUAGAGGAAUUCUCUAUAGGUGUUCAGAUUGAUGAAGAAAGUGUCUUGAACAAGCAAUCUCUAAUCGAUGAGUGCUUUUCCAAGGAUUCUGUGGAGGAGAUUAUAAAAUCUUUUGAUACUGAGGCAAGCAAAGAAGGCAAUAAUUGGAUUCAUGUUGUGCUUAAACGCCUCAACGAAUCUUCCCCAACAGGAUUAAAGAUCACUCUGAGAUCGAUUCGAGAAGGAAGGAAACAAACACUGGCUGAAUGCCUCAAAAAAGAAUUUAGACUUACAAUGAAUAUUUUGCGGGAAAUUAUAUCUGGCGAUGUCUAUGAGGGCAUCAGAGCUAUCAAUGUUGACAAAGAUAACUCCCCAAAAUGGGAUCCUCCCACACUUGACAAGGUUGAUGAGGAACAAGUUGAGAAACUCUUCCAACCUUAUGGCGAAGAACUGGAGCUCAGCAUCCCUGAAACACCAGAUCGCAGGUGGGAUGGAAAAUAUGAGAAUUCAGCUUAUGCUCCCCUUCAAACUGUGCAAGUCUGAUUCUACGCAAAUCUUGGGUUUGCAGAGGGUUUUAUGGUAAUGUGCAUGACAAUAAUCUUGCGUUAAUUCUUCAUUUUUAGUGAAUCAAUCAAACCAUGCAAAAGGCUAGGAUUUGGGAAUCAAAGUAUUUAGAUCAACAAAUGUAGUGAGGUGAAACCCAAAAAAGAACAUUGUUAAGGUGUUUGUUAUUGCAUUUCAAAAUUGAUUCUACUGUUUGAGGCAGAAGUUAUUAGAAGAAUUAAAGUGUACGCUGUUUGGAAGAAUUCCUAAAUCUGACAAUUU